AUGAAAGUUCGCCAGCUUUAUUUUGCUUUGAUUUCUCUGAAUUUAUUAGCUAUUUACUCACUUGAUGCUUCAACAAUCGUUUUAGCAAUAAAUGCAGGAGGCUCAGCCUAUUCGUCCUCUUUUGGUUUUUCAUACUCCUCUGAUAUAUAUUACACAUCAACAAGUAAAGCUAGCAACAAAGGCGGAAAUAUAGCCCAUACAGUAAAUGAAUUUAUUUACCAAACUGAAAGAUGAGAUUCAGUGACUUGAGGAUAUGACCUCCCUGUUAGCACAGAUGGGACAUAUGUGCUCAUCCUCCAAUUUGCUGAGGUCAAUUUCUCAAAUACCAAUAAAAGAAUAUUUACUGUAAAAAUUGGAGACUAUGUUGUUGCUAAUAAUUUAGACUUGGUCGCUACUGUAGGAUAUCGUACAGCCUACGAUAUUUUUAUAACUUUUACACUAUCGAGUAAUUCAGUUUCAAUUUCAGGGAAUACAGUAUCUGGAGCUUAUUCAGCUGGCAAAUUAUUAGUUCGAUUUUAUUUAGUUGCAGAAAAUCCAAAACUUUCAGGAAUAAUUUUAGUGAGUGGAGAUUGUAGUGUGGCUGAUUAUUGUAAUAUGUGCUAUCAAGCAAGAUGCUUGGUAUGCAAUGCUGCUACUCUGACCUGCACUACUUGUAUCACUAAUGCUAGCACUAUAAGUGGAGUAUGUCAAUGCAAUUUAGGCACUUAUUGGGAUGUUUCUUCAAGAAAAUGCAUUAUUUGCGACAAAUUGUGUUCAUCAUGCUCAGAUAAGUUUAGCUGCACAACUUGCUUAGGCACAAACGUGCUAGUUUCAAAUGUUUGCUUAAGAGCAUGCCCAUAUGGAUUUGGAACAUCUUGUGCUUCUGUUUCAAGCGCAGUUAUUGAUCAAAAUUUUGCAAAUUAUUUUUAUGGAAUUUAUGGAUUAUUUCAAACAGGGACAAGCUCAAGCAGCUAUUAUUUUUUCAAUACUCCUGAAAUAUUAGACCCCAUCCCAGCGAAAAAUCGAGGGCUCUAUUUUUCUGGAGGCUCAUAUAUUCAAACGACUUCAACUGUUUAUAUUUCACUUAAUUUUUCUAUUGGGAUAUGGGUUUGGAUAUUAUCUGGCUCAGGAGAUAUCUUAACAAAUAGUUAUGGAUAUAAAAUAGCGCUAUCUUCAAGUGGGGCUAUGACAAUCAUUUUAGAGAGUAAUACAGAAUCUGUUAUUACAGUAACGACUCCAGCGCUUAACCCUUCAAACUCGGCGUGAGUUUACAUUUCUUUUAUUAUUUCAUUUUCAUCAUCAACAAGUUCCGCAAGCAUCUACAACAACCAAUGGCUACAUAUAUAG